AUGGCCAACGAUGACAGUGAGCUCCGUCUGACGGACGGCGUGUCUGUGGAGGCGAUCAAGGCCUUCCUCGCAGAUUUGAAGAGCGAGUUCCCAGACACGUACACUGACAUGACAACGGAGGAUGCUUGCAAGCAGCUCGUGGUCCCACGCACCCAGCAGGACAACUGCGCCUACGUCGAUCUCUUGCGCAAGCAGUCAUCGCAUGAACAUGUGGGCAAGGCCACUGUGUUUGUGUCGCACGCAUGGCGGUACAAGAUCGCAGAAGUGCUCAACGUCUUGCUUGAGUUUGCGGAGGAACAAAGAGUAAGGAAGGAAGACAGCCAGCCCGUGUUCUUCUGGUUUGACCUCUUCAUGAACAACCAAAACGCCAACGUCACCGCCAACCUCCCACAAGAGUGGUGGAGCACGACGUUCAAGGAGUCGAUUGCCAACAUUGGGCGCGUGCUGCUGGUGUUGAUGCCGUGGCGCGACCCCGUGCCACUGACGCGGGCGUGGUGCCUGUGGGAGAUCUUCUGCGGCAUCAGCAACGAGGGCACCGAGGUCAACAUCCGCCUGCCCAACAGCGAGGAGAAGGCGCUGGAAGAGGCCAUCCAAGGCGAGUAUGAAGCCGUGACCGAUACGCUGGUGCGCGUGCAAGCACAGCGCGCAGAAGCAUUCAACCCACGUGACAAGGACAUGAUCUUUGAGGCCAUCCAGGAAGGCGUGGGCUUUGCGGCUCUCAACCAGGCCGUGAAGGACCAGCUGCGCGCGUGGUGCUUGGAGAAGGCGGUGGCUGCAGUUGAGGUCAUGCAGGCACGUGGAGAGGACAAGACAGAGGCGUUUGCGCGGGUGUGCCACCAAGUGGGGCUCGUCCUGAGUGAAUUUGGCGGGCACGAUCGCGCCAUCGCCUCCUACAAUGCAGCCCUGUCGAUUUUGCUGCGCACUGAAGGGGAGGAAGGAAAGAAUGUGGCCGGAUUGUACAACAACCUCGGCACCGCCUACGACGGCAAGGGCGACUACGACAAAGCCAUCCAGUGUUACGAGAAGGCUCUCGCCAUCAGGGUGGAGAUGCUGGGCGAAGAGCACUCGAGUACAGCCGACACGUACAACAACCUCGGCAACGCCUACCACAGCAAGGGCGAGUACGACAGGGCGAUUGAGUUUUUUGAGAAGGCCCUCGUCAUCAGGAUGGAGGUGCUGGGCGAGAAGCACCUGAGCACGGCCGAUUCGUACCUGGGCCUCGGCAACGCCUACUACAACAAGGGCAAGUACGACAGGGCCAUCCGGUUUUAUGAGAACGCCCUUGCCAUGAAGGUGGAGGCUCUGGGCGAGAAGCACCCAAGCACGGCGGGCGCCUACGGUAAUCUUGGCAACGCCUACGCCAGCAAGGGUGAGUAUGACAGGGCCAUCCAGGUUUACACGAAGGGCCUCGCCGUCACGGUGGAGGCGCUGGGCGAGAAGCACCCGAGCUCAGCAGCCACAUACAACAACCUCGGCAACGCACAUGACAGCAAGGGCGACUACGACAGGGCAGUUGAGUGUUACGAGAAAGCCCUCGCCAUCAGGGUGGAGGCGCUGGGCCAGAAGCAUCCGAGCACUGCGGAGACGUACAACAACCUCGGCAUCGCCUACCAGAACAAGGGCCAGUACGACAAGGCCAUCCAACAUUACGAGAAGGGCCUUGCCAUCUUCGUUGAGACGCUGGGGAACAAGCACCCGAAUACGGCUACGUCGUACUUAAACAUUGGCCUGCUGCACGACAAGCGCGGCGACAAGGAGCAGGCCUGCGCCUAUGUCCAAAAGGGACUGGACGGUUUGACAACCACGCUCGGGCCAGGCCACCCCAACACCCGCAAAGCGGAGCGCGAACUGGGGCGCAUUCGCGGUGGUGCUGUGAACGGGCAGCAUGCAUCCACGCAACACGUGCCGGCCUCUCAACUUCAGCAGCGAACCGUGCUUGCACAUCGCAACCUUCUGCUUCGGUUCAUCUCGUCUGCUGUUGUGUACCAGUCGACUGCUCCACAACGCAGCCUGCUCAUGCGAUUCCUGGGCGCACUUGCACAUGCCCACUUUGACGCAAGUCGCCCAGACAGUCAGGAGAAGCAGCCAGAACGUUCUCCUGUUUCCUCUUCUCGGGCAAAUGAAUCUGGUGGCUGCUGCAGUGUCCUCUAA